AUGAAGCAGAGGCCGAGGGAAUGCAAGCAAAACCGGGAGGAGGCGGAUCCUCCUCAGCGCGGAGUCAGCGAAGCUCUGGGCGAUCUCGUGGUGGUGGCGACGCACCUGCAGCAGCAGCAGCAGAAGGGAGAGAUAGGACAGCUGUUUCUGCAUCAGGAGAUGACGGAUCAGGAGGCGGAAGGAGGGAAAGGAACCCCGCAGACUCCCGGCGAGGAGAAAAUGCAAGCAGCAGAGCGCGCAGCACAACAACCCCGCCACCGGACGGAAGCUCUACAACCAGCAGGAGGACACGACCGACGACAACAUCAGACGAAGGACGCUCUGCCACAAGUAGAAGGACAAGACCAACUACAACAUCAGAGGCAGAAGAUUCAGUCACAAGCAGAGCAGGGAGAACUACGUCUACACAAUCUGGAGAGGAUUCUGUCACAAGCAGAAGAACACGAGCUCCUUCUGCCACAAGGUCCAGUGACGAGUCUGUCACAAGUAGACGAACACGCCCAACUACACGCCCAGCAGAUGAAUCAUCUACAGCAAGCAGAGCUACGACGACUCCCAAGCCAGAAGAAGACCCCGGCACAAGCAGAAGGACACGACCGACAACAGCUGCAACAGGGGAAUCUGCAGUGGCAACAAGAAGGACCAGACCUACAGUAA